AUGCCGAAAAAGAAAUCAGGUGUACAGAAGAAGGCUGAAAAGCAACGGGAGAUUCAAAAGAAGAUCCGAGAUAGUAUUGCAAAUGAUAUUACACGUGAUUCAUGCAAUGGACUGAUGGCAUGUCCUCAUUCUAUUACUACUUUCCGUCUUUUUCAAUGCGAUAAAUGCUUCCGGAAACAGAAGAUUCGAGCGUUUUGUUAUUUUUGUAAUUCAUUAAAUAAAGCACCAAUGUGUGCGGCCUGCGGUAAACAGAAAUGUUUCAUGAAAGGGGGGGAUUGUGUUGUCAAACAUAGCGGGAAAUGUACAGUCGGUUUGCUUUUGGCAGUCGGAAUGACCCGUACCUCUUCCACAAGUUCGCCAGUUGAGUUACUGGGUGACAUUUUUGUGGAGAUCCCGUUAAGAUCACCAAAUUCCUUAUGUUAUCAUCGUUAG